GGUCAUUAAGCGCUGUCGAGAGUGUGCUUCUGUGGAGAGAGUCAGCUGCUGCGGCGCACAAAAGACAGAUUAGAGCGGUGUGCAGAGACACAAACGUGACUCUUGGACUGAUCCUCUGUUAAUCUGUCUGAAGAGGCUGAGACGGGCGGCAGUGAAUGGGGUCCUGAGACCAGCAUCAUGUCAGAUAAAAGUGAGCUGAAAGCUGAGCUUGAGCGAAAGAAACAGCGCUUGGCUCAGAUAAGAGAGGAGAAGAAGAGAAAGGAGGAGGAACGCAAGAAAAAAGAGGCUGAGCUGAAGAAGGAGGCCGUCCCACUGCAGGAUGAUUCAGACCUGGAGAAAAAGCGCAGGGAUGCUGAGGCUCUGCUACAGAGUAUGGGCAUCACUUCAGACACACCUGUGGGUCCCACACCCAUGUCUCCCACGGCCAAAUCUGCAGGCACUCCAAGUGAAGCAGGGAGCCAAGACUCAGGAGAGGGUGCCACCGGGCCAAGGCGUGGUCCUCUGAAGUUGGCCAUGGCGAAGGUGACCCAUGUGGAUUUCCCUCCCAAAGAGGUGGUGUCCUACACGAAGGAGACACAGACGCCCACCAUGACAGAGCAGAAAGAGGAGGAAGAUGAGGAGGAAGAGACUGCACCCCUGCAGCCUGAGGUCGAGGCAGAGAAAGAGAAACCAGCAGAGAAACAAGAUGAGGAAGCGCCCCCUCAUGAGCUAACAGAGGAGGAGAAGCUGCAGAUUCUGCACUCGGAGGAGUUCAUGGAGUUCUUCGAUCACAGCACACGUUUCAUGGAGCGCGCUCUGUCCGAACACGUGGAUGUUUUCUUCGACUACAGCGGCCGUGACAUGGAGGAGAAGGAGGGUGAGAUGCAGGCUGGGACCAAACUGUCUCUAAACAGGAAGUUUGUUGAUGAUCACUGGUCCAAACAGCGGGUGGUGACCUGUCUGGAUUGGUCCCCACAGUAUCCAGAGUUGCUGGUCGCCUCUUACAACAACAAUGAGGAAGCCCCGCAUGAGCCUGAUGGAGUGGCUUUGGUCUGGAACAUGAAAUACAAGAAGACCACACCGGAGUAUGUCUUCCACUGUCAGUCUGCGGUCAUGUCUGCUGUGUUUGCAAAGUUUCACCCUAACCUGGUUGUCGGUGGCACUUAUUCAGGACAGAUCGUCCUGUGGGACAACAGAAGUAACAGACGCACUCCUGUCCAGAGGACGCCUCUCUCUGCCGCGGCGCACACGCACCCAGUGUACUGUGUUAAUGUGGUUGGCACACAGAACGCUCAUAACCUCAUUAGCAUCUCUACUGAUGGAAAGAUGUGCUCCUGGAGUCUGGACAUGCUGUCUCAACCACAGGACAGUAUGGAGCUGGUGUUUAAGCAGUCUAAAUCCGUUGCGGUCACCUCCAUGUCCUUCCCUCUGGGUGACGUUAAUAACUUUGUGGUGGGAAGUGAGGAUGGAUCAGUCUACACAGCCUGUCGUCAUGGCAGUCGGGCAGGGAUCAGUGAGAUGUUUGAGGGGCAUCAUGGUCCAAUCACAGGCAUUCACUGUCACACAGCGGCAGGACCCGUAGAUUUCUCUCAUCUCUUCCUGACCGCCUCAUUUGAUUGGACCGUUAAACUCUGGAGCACCAAGAAUAACAAGCCGCUGUACUCGUUUGAGGACAACUCUGAUUAUGUUUAUGAUGUUAUGUGGUCUCCGGUGCAUCCCGCUCUCUUCGCCUGUGUGGACGGACUCGGACGCGUCGACCUGUGGAACCUCAACAAUGACACAGAGCAAAUCGCAGUCCCGCGAAACGACGAAUGGACCCGCUUCGUGCGGACGCUGGCGGAGAUCAACGAGAACCGCGACGAUGCCGAGGAACUGGCCACUCAGCGCCUCGCUGCUUGA